CUCAGCCCAUACGACCCGCCUGUAACGAUGGUAGUCAGCAUAAAUAAAUGAAAACCACCGCGCUUCAUUUUCUUACAUACCUUUCGAUGUCUACCUCUCCAGUCUUGUGGAGAUGAAAGAAAGGAAUACUACUUCUACGCUGAGACGAGUCUUAGUUAAUUGUGCUGCCCAGGCAAAAGAAUACGGGGGAUGUGUUGCGGCAAAGGUUCCAGAAAUUGAGCGUGAUAUGUGUUUGAAAGAAUUUCUUGCUCUAAAGAAUUGCAUGCAGAAUACAAUUAGAGGAAAGGCUUGAGGGUCUCAUAUCUUUGAUACCUUGUGGGCAGACACUUACUAGUGCAAGCAUAAUCUUAGUAGUGCAAGCAUAAUCUUAGUAGCUUGAAUUUGAGAGGUGAAGAAUUUAGGUCCGGGAUGUCUGCGAAAGCAUCAAGUUCACAGCUUAGUGUUAGUUCAAGUGGGUCUGGAGGGUUGUCGCAUGUUUAUAUUCAGCACCCUCCUUUACAAUGUAAUGUGCCAGGAAUAAGGGGUUUAUUUUAUGAUGAUGGAAAUAAGCUACUGAUCUCUCCAACAUCUGAUCAGGUUUUUUCAUGGAAAGCUGUACCCUUUGAUCCUCAUGUUGCACCUACCUCUGAUUCAAUAAGUGAAGGGCCUAUCCUAUCUAUACGGUAUUCUUUGGAUGCAAAGAUUAUAGCAAUCCAGAGAUCCAGUCUAGAGAUACAGUUUUUUCAUAGGGAAACUGGACAAAACUUUUGUCACAAGUGUAAGCCGGAGUCAGAUAGUAUACUGGGGUUUUUUUGGACAGAUUGUCCACUGUGCGAUUUUGUACUAGUAAAAACCAGUGGGCUGGAUUUGCUCGCCUGUGAUGCUGAAUCAAAAUCACUUAAUGUUGUAGAGACAAGGAAACUGAAUGUGAGCUGGUAUGUAUAUACACAUGAGAGUCGAUUGGUUCUUCUUGCUUCAGGAAUGCAAUGCAAGACCUUCAAUGGAUUCCAGCUUUCAUCCGCCGGGAUUGUUCGCUUGCCAAAGUUUGAGAUGGUAAUGGCCAAAUCUGAGGCUAACAGCAAGCCUGUCCUAGCAGAUGAAGAUGUCUAUAUUGCAACCAUUUAUGGGAGGAUAUACUGCUUGCAAAUUGACAGAGUUGCAAUGCUACUUCAUUCUUAUAGAUUUUAUCGAGAUGCUGUUGUGCAGCAGGGUUCCUUGCCAAUAUAUUCAAACAAAGUUGCUGUUAGUGUGGUUGAUAAUGUACUUCUAAUCCAUCAAGUGGGUGCUAAGGUUGUAAUACUCUAUGACAUAUUUGCGGAUUCUCGAUCACCCAUUUCUGCUCCACUUCCCCUACUGUUUAGGGGUUUCCCCAGGUCUAAUACUUCUUCCUCUCGAUCUACUGCAAAAGAUAUUGAAAUUCCAGAGGCCAACAUAAGUGAUUCUGAAGCAAUUAUUUACGGAGAUGAUUGGACAUUUCUUGUUCCCGACCUUAUAUGUGAUGUUUCUAAUAAGCUUUUAUGGAAGAUCCAUUUAGACUUGGAGGCAAUUUCUGCAAGUAGCUCUGAAGCUCCAUCAGUGCUUGAGUUCUUGCAACGACGGAAGUUGGAAGCUAGUAAGGCCAAGCAGCUGUGCUUGGCAAUAACACGCAAUGUUAUUCUUGAAAGGAGACCAGUGUCCACGGUUGCCAAGGCGAUAGAUAUACUGCUUAUGUCUUACUCCAUGUCACUCAAGACAGGCAGUUAUCUCAAGGGAAUAAAAACAGAGAAAACCUCACAUUCUGCUGGGACACAAAUUGGUAUUCCGCAAUCUGGUGCCAGUGUAUCUACAGGAGAAGUUGAUGCACAUGGAACAUCCACCAAACACCAAUCUAGUGCCAUAGUUGACAAUGAAUCUCUGAAUAGAUCUGGAAACUCCUCAACUUUGGACUCUGAGGACAAUACCCAAUUCAACUCAUUAAAAGCAAACCCGAAAGUGAACAAGGAGAAAUUAUCAGGUGGUGCUGAGAGUUCUAGCUCUGAAGUUCACCCGUCAUCUUUACAAUCUCAGAAUCUUGGACCAAGCAACAGUCCAUUAAAUGCUAGUGUUUCUGAAAGGCUGGAGUCUCAACUUACGUCUCCAGCAAUUUCAACUGAUGAGAUGUAUAGCUUACUGUUUGCUCCAGUUGAGGAAGAGAUGGUGGGGGACCCAUCUUACUUGGUUGCCAUCAUUGUUGAGUUUCUUCGUAGUGCAAGUUCAGAAAAGAUUAAAGUUCAACCAAACAUCUAUGUGCUGACAAUACAACUUCUAGCACGCAAUGAGCGAUAUGCAGAACUCUCAUUGUUCAUCAUAAACAAGAUUCUUGAACCCUCAAAAGAAGUUGCAAUGCAGCUCCUAGAAUCAGGCCGUCAAAAUUCCCAGGUUAGGAAGCUGGGUCUAGAUAUGCUGAGACAGCUCUCUUUGCAUCAUGACUACGUGUUGCUACUAGUUCAAGAUGGGUAUUAUCUUGAAGCCUUGCGUUAUGCUAGGAAGCACAAGGUUGUGACUGUCCGGCCAUCAUUGUUUCUUGAAGCAGCUGUGUCUUCCAAUGAUUCUCAACUCCUUGCUGCAGUGCUGAGAUUCUUUUCAGAUUUUACUCCAGGAUUUAAAAACACCACCGACUGCCAUGGAUAUUGUCGGAUUCUCAAGGAGAUGAACUCAGAUGUAGCUGUUUGAAUGUCAACCCGGUAUCCACUUGUAACUCUAGAACAUCAAAAUAAAAAUUUACCCUUGAUGACCUAAAAUACUUCAAUAUUUUACCCUUUCUAUUCACGAUCCCAGGUCCACCACUGACUGUGUGCUUAUGUUUGUUCGGAAUAUUUGUUAUGUCCAACAAGGUUCUUGUUCUCUCUUCUUUGCUUCUGGACUCGCUGGCGGCCUUUAAAUUUGGCUAGGGUGUCCAUAAUCCCAAUUAGCACAUUAUUCUGUUUGGGGGUAAGAAACGCUUUGACCUUCUAUCCACAGCAAGAGAAAUGAUCAGGACCUGCAGGCGACUGUUUCUAUUACCUGAAAACCAUUCUCACAAUUUUUAUGAAGUAAUUUUGCUGUAACAUGCCCCUAUGCUUCCUUUGAUUCUAUAUUGAACAUGCGUUUCCAAAUAUAUUUGAAGUGGAUAAUGAUGAAUCCUGGACCAUGCUUGCCCAUCCAAAAACAUUGAUGGUGAUGAAUCAAAAGGGUGUUCUGGU